CAGUGGCUCACGUGGGGAGAACGAGCUCGGACCUUCCCGGAGACGCCAAGCAUUGAACGGCCCCGCAAGAAUGGAGGAGAAAAAACGCUGGCUGGGGCUGUUCAGCAUAACUUUUUAUGCUGCCGUCGGAGAAGGCGACGAGGCGGCUGAAUCGACUCGGAGAAAAGCAGCCCACAGGCGAAAGUCAAUCUCAGAAUUCGCUGGGCUUAAAUCCAUUGCCGAGUUUUGCUCGAGCUCUGCGGCAAAGCUUAACUCCUUUAAUUCGGUCCCCAGUCAUGAGCGAGACGGGCAGGAAUCCGGCUCUGCCGCAAGGCUGUGGUGUUCGCCCCCUGCGCGCCCGCUCUCGUCGGGUCCUGAUGAUGGCCCGAGGCCGGCCAAGAUGGACGACCGAGUCCGUCCGGCUCCUCUCUCUCUCAUCAACUCGGCGCGGGCGGAGUUGAGUGCCGAAACAUUCGUAUUGCGUCAAUCCCCUCCCCCCUGCGCCCAGCGCCGCGACAGCCCUGCGGCAUUGGGGGAACCCCUCCUACCUUGGAAUGUGUCGCCCAGAGCAAACUUGUUUGAAGGGACUUUGGCGAUCAUCAGGAUCAGCGCGCACGCGGGGGUGAAGGGGCAGAAGGAGAAAAAAUGGGGUGGAAUAUUGUAGCCUGCGAAGAUGAAACAGUCACGACACGGACCGCCGAUCGAAACGAAACAUUCUGUGGAGAACGAGGGGGAAAGGCCCAGCCACAGCAGCAGCUUUGAACUUGCACUUUGCAGAAUGACGCCUAGUUUCCCGACAGAAUGGGAGCUGUUGGUCGCGCACGAAACAUCAGCAGGAGGCUGACAUCUCGUGUCGUCGGCAGAGCCAAGAAGCCUCCGUGGUCGUGAUAAAGCUCGAUUGAAUUUUCCCGGUUACCCUUGAAACCGGCCCAUGGAGCCGGAUCUUCUGACCGGGCUGGCUGCUUGCUGUCAACCUGGCAUUGUUCAUAAAUACGAGACGAGGGGGAAAACCAACAGCGAGUCGGCAGCAAGCGGGUCUCUGGCCUACGAGGGCUCCAUAUCCGAUCCUCCGCACUGACACCGCCGCGACGCCCUCUAAUUUCCCUCUGAUGUGAACUUUGUCUUUGUUUGCGCCUCAACUGACGGGGGGCAACAGCACAUGCCUGACCGACCGUCGGACCCAGGUCCCAACAGUCUGGUUAGAUUAACUGGCAGGGGAACAAGAAGCAGAAGCAGGGCGCAGAAUUUGGGAUCGGGGAUUACGACAGGCAGGAUGCGAGCUGGCGAUGGGCGCACGUGCCAAUCUUGGGGGUAUUCAAAUGAAUCGGGGUUGGGGAUGUUGGUCAGCAACGGUAGCGGUCUUGGACGAGCCAGUGAGCAGUGAGCACCGGACUGCGCCGUCGAUGUGACGGAUCCCCCGCCUUCCCUUUGGGCAAGACUCGAUCGACUCCAUCUAGAUCCGCGCAUUUCCCGGCUGCAUGGAAAGCGGAGCGGCGCAUGCCACAGCCUCAACUCUCAUUGUCUUGGUCGUAAAUAUUUAUUUUUACUACGGCCAACGUUGCUGUCAACGUGCAGCGGCUCUAACGACAUCCGAAUCAUCCAUGCAUGGCAGUCGUCGGCAUUCCUUGGUUUUACCUUCUCCGUUGUUCUCGAGGCGCCUAGAACGGAGCCCUUGUUCGAACGUUGGUGAUCGGCACGGGGCAAGAUUUACGUCGCCAUGAGGGAGGUGCAUAUCGAUAUGGCACGCCAACCAUCAGUGUUUCUCUGCACCCAAGCGAUGCCCAUGAGACAUCCCACCACCCGCACCAUCUGGAAGCGAUCCGAGACAUUCACCUGAGACAGUGGCAACCCAUGUGUCGACAUGAACGACAUCGCUGCGGCAGUCAUCACCAACCAGAAAAGAGGGGAUCAAGUGCUACCGUCGCACUUUGAUUGCAGACCGGCACCCUGCCAUGGGCGGCCUAUUGUCGCUUUUACGUACCUGAAUAUCAGUCCCCACAUACCGACGCGACGCCGUGGAAACGGCCCUGCCAGGCACAGCAGAAAGGCAACGACGGCGAGGUUUCCGCGGGGAGCCAGACCUCGAGGGAGCCUGGGUUGCAUUUUCAGGGGUCGCGCUUUUGCCGCUUUCAGUGGGAGAAAUGGAAGCCCGUGCGAGAGCCGACAAACAAUCAGGCUGAGGGGCCAGCACUAAGGAGCCAAUGCCCUGCAGGAAAAAAAAAACACCCCUACAAACAAAUCGAGCAAGGCAGGAAACAGAUGAGGUCUGUGCCAUUAAUUGCGAGCGUGGACCGAGCAUGGCGCAUGUGGGAGAAACGGAGGCCGACGGAAACGGUGCCGGGCAUGGAAGCAGGCGAGCAGACGAGAGACGCAGCCGCCCUAAUCCAAUGUCACAGGGAGAAAUCAAGCAUACGCAUCUAUUCCCAAUUACACCCAGCCAAUAUUUAC